AUUUUAUUUUUGUUAUUGCUCUAUAUAUCCAUUCAAAAAUUUUAAACACACACAUAUGCAAAAUACCAUGGCUUCUAUUCCGCCAAGCCAGUCACUUUACUUGCGCAAUAUCAACGACAAGAUUCAAAAAGAUGUACUCAAGAAAACUCUGUACAGCCUGUGCAUCCCCUACGGCCGCGUGCUCGACAUUGUCGCACUGAAAACAAUGAAGAUGCGCGGUCAGGCCUUUGUUGUAUUCGGUGAUAUUACAUCCGCCACGGCGGCGCUGCGCCAGCUCAACGGCCGCCAACUAUUCGGUAAAAGCAUCAACGUCGAGUAUGCGCUGAGCAAAUCCAAUGUUGUCGCACAACGCGAUGGAUCGUUCAAGUUUGGCGAGCCGCGCAAGCACAUGAGCGCCGAGGAGCGCAGACAACAACUUGGAAUCAGCGCAGCGGCCGCAGCAGAGGCAGAGGCUUCGGCAGCAGCUGGGAAGCGGCGGCAAAGUGAUAGCAAUAGCGAUGAUGAGGGCCAGGCGGCUAAGCGCCAAGCGAUUGAUCAUGGAUCCGAUAUGGAUAGCGACAGCGAUGAUGAGAAUAUGGCUAUUGGCAGCAGCGACACGGAUGAUUCCGAUGACGAUAUUGGCCCGCAAUUGCCCAAACCAGAAGUGGAAAAUGAAGUUGCGCAUGUGGCGCCUGGCCCAACACUGUUCGUCACUAAUUUACCGCAGAGCGUAUCCGUGGACAUGCUCUCUGGGUUGUUCCAGCAGUAUGGAGGUUUCAGGGAGGUGCGGCGGAUUCCUGGCAAGGACGAUAUGGCUUUUGUUGACUACGAUAGCACUGACUCAGCCGCCGCUGCGCUGAGCGUGCUUGAUGGCUUCAGGCUGGCUGCAGAUCAGGCAAUUAAAGUGGAGUUUUCGCGAUAAAUUGUGUAUAAAAAUUUUAUUUUCUCGCACCCCAUCCUGCUUUAACAACAAAAAAUGACAAAAAUCAACAAUGGAAAAGGAGCCCAGCACUGAGAAUGUGAGUAAUCGGGCUUGUCAAAUCAUUCCAUUGUGAUGGUUUGUGAUUGGACAGAUCUGUUUUUGUUUUUGAGAGCAUGUAUUUUUUUUGGACCAGGGAUUUUUGUUGACCAUGAACAUAAUUUUUUGCUGGCUUUUUUCCUUCUGUUUUUCAUUUAUUAUAUUAUAUUACCUUUUG